CAACAACUGUGCAGAGGAGAUAAAACACUUUGGAUACUUUUUAAUCAUGAAAUCAAUUUUUGACUUGGAAAAGUUAUAAUUUACUAAUUUGGUGGAAAGAAAAAGAAGUAGAAAACUGGAAGUGCUCUAACCUAAGUGCAUUUUUAAGUACUAAUUUCUUAGCUGCUGGGACUAAGUAUUCCCCCUUAUAAAGACCCGGAACCAAAGAUGAACUGGGCGUCAUUUUAUGCUGUAAUCAGCGGUGUGAACAGACACUCUACAGGCAUCGGUCGCAUCUGGCUCUCUGUCCUGUUCAUUUUCCGCAUCCUGGUUCUGGUGGUGGCAGCAGAAAGUGUGUGGGGCGACGAGAAGUCCGGCUUCACCUGUAAUACCCAGCAGCCUGGCUGCAACAGCGUCUGCUAUGACCACUUCUUCCCCAUCUCUCACAUCCGCCUGUGGGCGCUUCAGCUCAUCCUGGUGUCCACUCCUGCCCUACUUGUAGCCAUGCAUGUGGCCCACCGCCGCCACGUUGACAAGAGGCUCUACAAACUGUCAGGGCGGACCAACCCCAAAGACCUGGAGCAGAUAAAGACCCAGAAGAUGAAAAUCACAGGGGCUCUCUGGUGGACAUAUGUCAUUAGCCUGUUGUUCCGUAUUGUCUUUGAGGUCACCUUUAUGUACGUGUUUUACAUGAUCUACCCUGGUUACAAGAUGAUCCGGCUGGUGAAGUGUGACUCGUACCCCUGUCCCAACACAGUGGACUGCUUCGUGUCGAGGCCCACAGAGAAGACUGUCUUCACUGUAUUCAUGCUGGCUGUGUCAGGGGUUUGUAUUCUGCUCAACAUUGCAGAGGUGGUCUUCUUGGUUGGGAAAGCCUGCAGUAAGCAUUUGCACAAUGCUGGAGACUCAACUAUGGCGGCUUGGAUCCAAAAACUUUGCUCAUACUAACAAAACAUAUAGAUGUCAUACCUGCACAAAGGAAUAUUUAAGUGACCCAGGCAAAAACAUUUAAUUUAACUUGUGCGAAAGGUUCAUAAAACCUAUACAACCUAUAAAACACUAUACACCACAGUUUGACAUGAUGAUGAUUUAUCCAGUGGUUAUAAUCUCAGUGAACAAAACAUUCAGUUUGCACCAGAUAUUGAGUGAUGUGUCAAAGCAUUCUCACCAGACAUGAAAUAUCUAUUGAUAAGUUACAACUUUUGCCAUGAACCAAAAGACUUUAAACAGCUGCACUUAUACAGCAAAGAUAAUAUAAUAUAACAUAAGAUAAUAGCUUGAUGUUUGGCCAAAUAAAGAACAAUUAAGUAACAUUUAUAAAGCUGACCACAUCAUAGGCUUUCAUUGUCAUGGACUUUUUGACUUUUUGAUUAUGAUGAACAUUUUUCGUCUUGAAAGGAAAACAUUACAUUAAGAAAAUUUAAAAAUCAACCGGCUAGGUUCGAAAACAUAAUGGGCAGCAAUAAUUGUGGCAUUUUAAUUCAUAAUGAUCUAUUAUUUAAAUCAAAUAUGAUCAGAAAUGACCAUGAACUGAAUCUAAUGGACUGGAGGAUUUAUGGUGUUUCUUCAGCUGUUAUUAGUGAGAUGUUAUACUAAUACAUGGAAAAUAUGUCUCUUUUCAUAAAUGUGAAAUGAUACAGUGUUUGUUUAAUACAGAUUAUUCAUUUUGGUGGUUAAAUGGAUGCCUCAGAAACAGGGCAAUAAUUCAAGCCAAAAAAAAAAACUUGAACUACAAACUUUUUUUCUUAAGUUUACUACUGAUUUCUAAACAUGAUAUUUAAGUUCAUGCAUUUUGAAGCUGGAUGUUUGUAUAUUGUCAAUACACAGAAUCAAGUGAACCAGAGUUUGUGUAAUUGUUAAUUUUUUACUAGAUUUUCUCACCAAAUCAAAAUUGAAAAGGAAAGGAUUACACAUUUGUGAAAUGUCUGUGCCUUCUAAAAUAUGACUCCAACAUGCAAUAAAAUAAAAAUAGUUCUGG